UUAAACAUAUUUAUUGUGAUGCAGGGGUUUGUUAGCAAGCAAUAUGUAUGAAACUGCAAAAGGGAUUGUGACUAAUCUGGUUUCUCUGAUAGAUCAAUUUGGUUAUGUUCUUAAUGGUGCAAGAGCGUACUACAAUAAUAGAAGUCAGCCUCCCGUCCUGGCCGCGAUAAUUGUUGACAUAUUCAAUCGGACAGGUGAUUUAGAUUUGAUUAGAAGAUCCCUUCCUGCUUUGCUCAAGGAGUAUCGUUUUUGGAAUUCAGGAAUACAUAAAGUGACUAUUCAGGAUGCUCAGGGAUCAAACCACUGCUACUAUGCUAUGUGGAAUAAGCCCCGGCCAGAAUCGUCAACAAUUGACAGUAAAACAGCUUCCAAACUCCAAAAUAUCGGUGAAAAAAGGGAACUAUACCGCGAGCUGGCAUCAGCUGCUGAAAGUGGAUGGGAUUUCAGUUCAAGAUGGAUGAGGAACGAAUCUGAUCUCACGACGACUAGUACAACAUCUGUGGAAUCUCUGAAACUUACACCUUAUAAGUGGACCUUGCAUAUAACCUGUGAUUUUAAAUUUGUAUAAUAGAUGGAACUUGACAUAGCUUUUCUAGAAAAUCUUGUUGGAGAAAAUAACACGAUUACACAUUUUACGGAAGCUUCUCAAAAUAGACAAAAGGCCAUGAACUGUAUCUUUUGGAACGCAGAGAUGAGGCAAUGGCUUGAUUACUGGCUUGGAAACAGCAACACAACCGAAGUGCUAUAUCCUGCAUCAAUUCUUGUUGCAGUUGUCUUCUCACCUUGAAAAACUAAAACAUUCUAGGAUAUUUAU